CUGCAUGGGGCCACAUGUCAUUUUCAGAGAUUUACAUGGUUAAUAAAGUGAUCGGCAAACGGCCAGGGAAUAUGGUUAAUGCUUUUGUUUUGUUCUCUUUGUGUUUGUGGCAUCUGGUUGAUUUGACAAAGGAAUUGAAGUCAGUGUCAGUGAUGAAGGGAGAUUCUGUCACUCUACACUCUGAUGUUACUGAAACACAGCAAUAUAAUCUAGUACAGUGGAUGUUCGGAAGCUCUCGAAUAGCUGAUAUCAACAGAAUCACGCAAACUAGCUCUAUAUACGAUAAGAGAUUCAAAGACAGAGUGAAGCUGGAUCAAACUGGAUCUCUGACCAUCACAAACACCAGAACCACAGACUCUGGACUUUAUCAACUAGCAAUUAUCAGCAGAGAGACUAGCUACACAAGAUUCAAUGUUAAAGUCUAUGAUGUGAAAAAUAAAGUAAAGACAAUAUCAGUGAUGGAGGGAGAUUCUGUCUCUCUAAACACUGAUGUUACUGAAGAAGAGAAAUAUUUGCUAAUACAGUGGAUGUUUGGAGGUAAUCGAAUAGCUGAAGUCAGUAGGCUCACGCAAACCAACAUGACAUAUGAUGGUCCUGAUGGGAGAUUCAGAGACAGAUUAAAGCUGGAUCAAACCGGAUCUCUGACCAUCAUAAACAGCAGAACCACAGACUCUGGACUUUAUAAACUAGCAGUUGUCAGUGGAGAGACCAGCUACACGAGUUUCAAAGUUAAAGUCUAUGAAAGAUCAUCAAGCCCCAGUUGUGUGUCAUCAACUAUAAACCGGACUGAGGAUGCCAAUAUUACUGAACUCUAUCAGCCAAGUUCAGAUGUGACAAAUGAAGUGAAAACAGUGUCAGUGAUGGAGGGAGAUUCUGUCUCUCUAAACACUGAUGUUACUAAGGAAGGAAAAUAUUUGCUAAUACAGUGGAUGUUUGGAAGCACUCAAAUAGCUGAAGUCAGUAGGCUCAAGCAAACCAACAAGACAUAUGAUGGUCCUGAUGGGAGAUUCAGAGACAGAUUAAAGCUGGAUGAAACCGGAUCUCUGACAAUCACGAAUAGCAGAACCACAGACUCUGGACUUUAUAAACUAGCAGUUCUCAGUGGAGAGACCAGCUACACGAGUUUCAAUCUCACAGUCUGUGAUAGAUCAUCAAGCCCCAAUUAUGUGUCACCCGGCUGUGUGGUUAACAAUUCAAUCAUAAAUCAGACUGAGGAUGCCAACAUUACUGAACUCUAUCAGUCGAGUUCAGAUGUGACAAAUGAAGUGAAGACAGUGUCAGUGAUUGAGGGAGAUUCUGUCUCUCUAAACACUGAUGUUACUGAAGAAAAGAAAUAUUUGCUAAUACAGUGGAUGUUUGGAAGCACUCGAAUAGCUGAAGUCAGUAGCCUCACGCAAACCAACACGACAUAUGAUGGUCCUGAUGGGAGAUUCAGAGACAGAUUAAAGGUGGAUCAAACCGGAUCUCUGACAAUCACGAAUAGCAGAACCACAGACUCUGGACUUUAUAAACUAGCAGUUCUCAGUGGAGAUACCAGCUACAUGAGUUUCAAUCUUACAGUCUAUGAAAGAUCAUCAAGCCUCAACUGUGUGUCAUCCAGCUGUGCAGUGAACAAUUCAACCAUAAACCAGACUGAGGAUGCCAAUAUUACAGAACUCUAUCAGCCGAGUUCAGACCACGUCCACUGCUGUGGUUUCACUGAAGCUGUGAUCCGACUGAUCGUCUCUGUUCUCGUGGGUGUGGCUACUGUUGCUUUUCUUUUUUAUGACAUCAAGUCUACAAGAAGUGAGCUAAACAGGAUGGAAGUCACUAUCAGACCCAUGGAGGAAAAUUAGACAUACAGUAUGAACUGAGCAGAAGGUUGAGUUCCAGAUAUGUCCAGAUAUAAAGCAAAACACACAUUAAUGCUCUGCACCUUUACAGUUCCUUGCACAGCUAUUUAUGAACAAAUUGUUUUUGCAUUCAUCAUCCAUUUAUUGACUGUAUCUGCACAGACUAUGACUUAGCAACACAAAUGAUGGCACAGAAUGAUCUCGUAAGCUUUCAUACUCUCAUAGAGCUUUGAAAUGACACUCAUAGUGGAGAUCUGCAUGUGUGUUUUGCUUUUUCACUGUUCUACUCUCCACUUUUUAAAGUAAUGAAACAGUUUUAAUUUAAAUACCAGUUUUGUUUGGAUAUGUGAUUCACUGAAUUAAUUUAACUGACACACCGGCAACUAGAAGACAAUGCACAAAUUGUUGUGGAAAUUUACAUCUGUACAGUAAUGUGGUUUAAUGGAUGUAGGAAAAAAUAGUAUGUUAAGUUCAAAAGGAAAAGAAAACUGAAAACCUGCCACUUCAUAUUUUCCUACAUGUCUGAAACUGUUGUAAAUUACUCCAAGACAACAGAUAAGUUUAGAGUUUUUUUUUUUUUUUUUUGUAAUGAUUUGACAUAUUUCUCUAAAUGUAGUCACUGCUCUCAAAAAAGUACUGAACACAUCUUUAACGUUGUAAUUGUCCUAAAUAGCUUGCAGGUUUUUGACAAUUUCAUACAAAUCACAUCGAUCAUUUUCAUGGUAGUAGGUACAAGUUUCUAAAAUGUUUCCAAGAUAGAUCACAUUGCCAAAUAAAUAAAUAAAUAAAU